CGUUCUGACCACGCCCCCUCUGCCAUUGGUUUCCGGGUCGGUCGGUCGGUCUCCGUAGGGCUCGCGGGCCGUAAAGUGAGGCCAGCGGGGAGCGAGUGAGGGGCAGCGCCCAGGAUGCUGGAGGAGCCACAGACGGCAGGUGAGGAUGGAAGCCCCCUGGGGGCUGGGCAGGCAGCAGGCGAGGAUGGAAGCCCCCUGAGUCCCAGGCAGGCUGCAGGCGAAGAUGGGAGCCUCCCGGGGACCGGGCAGGAGGCAGGCGAGGAUGGAAGCCCCCUGAGUCCCGGGCAGGCUGCAGGCGAAGAUGGAAGCCUCCCGGGGACCGGGCAGGAGGCAGGCGAGGACGGGAGCCCCCCACCUGGUGCCCCUAACCCCCCCCAGGGUAAGAAGAUUGUGCCGGGCAUCAUCUACCUAGGGCACAUCCCGCCUGGCUUCCGGCCCCGGCAUGCCCGAAACCUGCUCAGCGUCUAUGGGGAGGUCGGGCGCAUCUUCCUGCAGCCCGAGGAGCGCUUCAUCCAGAAGCGGAAGAAGAAGGCUGGCGCCAGGGGCACGUACUACGUGGAGGGCUGGGUGGAGUUCAGGGACAAGCGCAUAGCGAAGCUCGUGGCCGCCAGUCUGCACAACACACCCAUGAGCACCCGCCGGCGCAGCCGCUUCCGCUACGACCUGUGGAACAUGAAGUACCUGCACCGGUUCAAAUGGCCACAGCUGAACGAGCGCCUGGCCUACGAGCAGCAGGUCCGGCAGCAGCGCCUGCGGGUCGAGAUCUCUCAGGCCAAGCGCGAGACCAACUUCUACCUGCACAGCGUGGAGACCAGCCAGCGCUUCGCCCGCCGGGCCGCCGCCGCCACCACCCACACCCCCACCGAGGAGAAGAGCUGGGGCUUCGUCCAGCGCCUCACGGAGGAGGAGAUCCAGCAGUGCAAGGCGGGCGCGGGCGGGCGCCGGCUCCGUGGGCAGCUGGCCAAGGCCCAGGAGAUCCAGUUGAAAUCCCAGACCCGCCGCUCCUUGCUAGCCAAGAUCUUCAACACCACGGCUGCUGCCUCGGAGGAGGCACUGGGGGGCCCGGUUCUGUAGUGAGAACCUCCGGCGCUUCGGGGUACCCUGCUGCGGUGGAGUGGGCAGGGGCGCUCUCCCCUGGCAGUCAGGGAUGGACACUGGGGGACACCGUGCUGUGGGGAGUGGGCAGAGGGCACUCUCCCCUGGCAGUCAGGGCUGGAUGCUGGGGGGCACUGUGCUGUGGGGAGUGGGCAGAGGGCACUCUCCCCUGGCAGUCAGGGCUGGGGGCGGGGGGGCGGAUGCUGUGCUGUGGGGCGUGGGCAGGGGGCACUCUCCCCUGGCAGUCAAGGCUGGAUACUGGGGGGCUCCGUGCUGUAGGAAAUGGAGUCGGGGGGCUUUAGGGUUCUCUUCUGUUUCUGGGAGGGGAGUGGAGUCCAGUGGGUUAGAGGAGGGGGGGCUGGGAGCCAGGACUCCUGGGUUCUCUCCCUGGCUCUGGGAGGGGAGUGGGGGCUGGUGGUUAGAGCAGGGGGAGCCUGGGAGCCAGGACUCCUGUCAGUUCCCAUCCAGCGUGGCUGAGAGUUGGGGUUUCAGGGAGCUGGCCAGGGCUUUGGCUUCUUGGUAUGAGGGUACCGGUGGGGGAGGUGGAUCUGAACCGGGCAGCAGGACUCAACCCGGGGUGGGGAGGGAGCUGGGGGGAGCCCAGAUUUAUUUAAACCCUGGGCGGGCUGCAGGUUGGGUGCCCCAUCCGAUCACCCCCAGCCCACUUCACCUGCCCCCCACGCUGUCUCCCGUCUGCCCCUCGGCUCUGGGGUGAUGGGAGUUUGCCCCCCAGCAGCUGCUCGUUCCUUAGCCCCGGUGGCAGGGCUCCGAAGACCAGUUGCUGCCUCGCUUGACCCCAGCGUCUUGGUUUGGGACAGGCCCUUCUGCCCUGCCAUGACCGCGCUCGGCCUCUGGUUUCCCGUGGGGACGCUCGGCCCGUCGAGCUGGGCUUGAUCCCGGCCCCUCGUCUGUCCCAAAGACGAGCCCGUGACUUGAAAACAAAAAGCCCCUUGGUCGCCCACGGGGCCAGCCUGGUCACCCGAUUCACUGGCCCCCCCGGCCCCGUGCGUUUUAUGCCAGCUGUGACCCGAGGGCUCGUCGGUCCCUCCAGCUGAGUGUGAUUAAAAAACCCGAGUGGCUGAAAACGAA